AUGUGGAGCGGCCGCAGCUCCUUCACCAGUUUGGUGGUGGGCGUGUUCGUGGUAUACGUGGUGCACACCUGCUGGGUCAUGUACGGCAUCGUCUACACUCGCCCGUGCACCGGCGACGCCAACUGCAUCCAGCCGUACCUGGCGCGGAGGCCCAAGCUGCAGCUGAGCGUGUACACCACCACGCGGUCCAGCCUUGGUGCCGAGAACAACGUGGACCUGGUCUUGAACGUAGAGGACUUUGACGUGGAGUCCAAAUUUGAAAGGACAGUUAAUGUGUCUGUACCAAAGAAAACACGAAACAAUGGGACGCUGUAUGCCUACAUCUUCCUGCAUCACGCUGGGAUGCUGCCCUGGCAUGAUGGGAAGCAAGUGCACCUGGUCAGUCCUCUGACCACCUACAUGAUCCCCAAGCCGGAGGAAGUCAAUCUGCUCACAGGGGAGACUGCUGUGCAGCCGCAGAUAGAAGCUGAGAAGAAGCCAUCGAGUGCCCUGGAUGAGCCUGUCUCUCACUGGAGGCCCAGGCUGACACUGAAUGUGAUGGUAGAUGACUUUGUCUUCGAUGGGUCCUCGCUGCCUGCUGAUGUGCACCGGUACAUGAAGAUGAUCCAGCUGGGGAAGACUGUGCACUACCUCCCCAUCCUGUUCAUCGACCAGCUGAGCAACCGCGUGAAGGACCUGAUGGUCAUCAACCAUUCUGCCACGGAGCUGCCGCUCACGGUGUGCUAUGACAAGAUCUCGCUGGGGCGGCUGCGCUUCUGGAUCCACAUGCAGGAUGCUGUGUACUCCCUGCAGCAGUUUGGGUUUUCAGAGAAGGACACUGACGAGGUGAAGGGCAUUUUUGUGGAUACCAACUUGUACUUCUUGGCGUUGACCUUCUUUGUUGCCGCUUUCCACCUCCUGUUUGAUUUUCUGGCAUUUAAAAAUGACAUCAGUUUCUGGAAGAAGAAGAAGAGCAUGAUCGGAAUGUCCACCAAAGCAGUGCUCUGGCGCUGCUUCAGCACCGUGGUCAUCUUCCUGUUCCUGCUGGACGAGCAGACAAGCCUGCUGGUGCUGGUCCCGGCCGGCAUCGGGGCUGCCAUCGAGCUCUGGAAGGUGAAGAAGGCCUUGAAGAUGACUGUGGUCUGGCAAGGCCUGAGGCCCGUGCUGCUGUUCGGCACUUGCAGUGAGUCUGAGAGGAAGACUGAGGAGUAUGACACACAGGCCAUGAAGUACCUGUCCUACCUUCUGUACCCUCUGUGUGUUGGGGGUGCCGUCUACUCGCUCCUCAACAUCAAGUACAAGAGUUGGUAUUCAUGGCUCAUCAACAGCUUCGUGAAUGGAGUCUAUGCUUUCGGCUUCCUCUUCAUGCUGCCCCAGCUCUUUGUGAACUACAAGAUGAAGUCAGUGGCACACCUGCCCUGGAAGGCUUUCACCUACAAGGCCUUCAACACCUUCAUUGAUGACGUGUUCGCCUUCAUCAUCACCAUGCCCACGUCCCACCGGCUGGCCUGCUUCCGGGACGAUGUGGUCUUCCUGGUCUACCUGUACCAGCGAUGGCUUUAUCCUGUGGAUAAGAGCAGAGUGAACGAGUUCGGGGAGUCCUACGAGGAGCAGCCCACGCGGAAGCCCCACACAGAGUGAGCACUGCUGGCCGCUACAGGCCCGGCCCACUCGUCACGAGUAUUUUUGGAAGCUUUGGGAGUUCCUGACGCCACCCCUUGCGCGUUGCCAAAUCCCUCUGGACAUCUGUGUACCUCCACAGCACCUCUGCCUUUGAGAGGCUGCAAGAGUGCAGGUGCCCCCUUGCCCUGGGAGCCUGUGUCUGGUGCAGUGGCGCGGGCGGUCACCCCAUGCGUC